UUGUCACUUGUCAGUUUUGCAUUUGUCACCACUCUUUGUGAAUAGUGAAUAGAAAAUAAUUUAUAUUUUUAUUUUAUAAAUUAAAACGUAGCCAUAGUAUCCACAUCAAUAGUUAUAUAUUUCUAAAGAUUAUGGUAUUUUGCACACCACUUAUAGUGGAUUGCAUGGAAAAAUAUGUGUUUAUGUCGUAAAAAAUAAUUAAAUAGUUCAUAAUGUGGUCGUUUUUCUCUCGGGAUCCUACGAAGGAUUUCCCCUACGAAGUAGGAGAUCCUGUGCCUGGAUUAGAAGAUAGAAGCGUGUGGACUCUGCACAAGGGCAAGAAGAGAGGCACGCAAGAUGAAGUAUCAAUAUUUUUAUUCGAUGUUCAGAAGAAUUCUGAAACACUUUUUGACAUAGCUAAGGCCUCCUUAAAGAAACUAAAGACUAUGAGACACCCUAGCCUUUUACAUUAUUUAGAUAGCUGUGAAACUGAGAAAUUUUUAUAUGUAGCUACUGAGUAUGUAGAGCCUCUAGCCGCGCACUUAGAGGAAACAAAACUUGUAGGCCCACAGAAGGAGCUAUUUCUUUCCUGGGGCAUAUUUCAAAUCACUAGAGCAUUAUCAUUUUUAAAUAAUGAUGGCAACAUGAGGCACAAUAAUGUGUGCCUGUACUCCGUGUUUGUCACGUUAGCGGGAGAAUGGAAACUUGGCGGCUUUGAGUUCCUCACAACCCAAAGUCCGGACACUGGCAACCCUAUACCUAUUAAAAUAUUGCCAGCACUUGAAAUAUAUGAUCCUCCUGAGAAGAAGGACCCAGUCAAAUUAAAAACAGUCACCAAGUGUUCAUCCGACAUGUGGGGUUUAGGCUGCCUAAUAUGGGAAGCAUAUGACGGGCCGCUAAAGAACCAGCCAGCGCUCAAAACUACUGACAACAUACCAAAGCAGCUAUGCACGUUAUACUGUGAACUGGUCAGUGCCAAUCCUGCAUCAAGGCCAAACCCGGCUGAUAUUAUUACAAGGUGUAGAAAAAUGGGUGGCUUCUUUAAAAAUGACUUGAUAGACACAAUGCUGUUUCUUGAAGAGAUACAAAUAAAGGACAAAGUUGAGAAGGGCAAAUUCUUCUCCACACUGAGUUCUUACCUGGAUAACUUCCCGGAGUCUGUGUGUGUUCAUAAGAUCUUACCACAGUUGUUGACAGCUUUUCACUAUGGAGAUGCUGGGUCAUUUGUUUUGGCUCCCAUGUUUAAGUUGGGUAAACUGUUAGACGAUGCUGACUACCAGAAGCAAAUAGUUCCAUGUGUUAUAAAACUCUUUGCUUCCAACGACAGGACGACACGUUCUCGCUUGCUGCAACAGCUAGACCAAUUUAUUAUGCAUCUACAGAACUCUACUGUGAACGACCAAAUAUUUCCUCAAGUGGUUCACGGGUUCUUAGACACGAACCCCAUCAUUCGAGAGCAGACAGUCAAGUCGAUAGUGCACCUCUCCUCUAAGCUGAACUAUAACAAUCUCAAUGUGGAGGUGCUGCGUCACUUCGCGAGGCUGCAGGCUAAAGAUGAUCAGGGGGGGAUACGGACAAACACAACAGUAUGUCUAGGCAAGAUCGCUCAACAUUUGCACCCACAAAUCCGGCAGAAAGUUCUAGUAUCAGCGUUUGUACGCGCCACAAGGGAUAACUUCCCGCCGGCAAGGCAAGCGGGAGUGCUAGCUUUAGCAGCCACGCAACAGUACUUCUUGUUAGCAGAAGUCGCGAAUAGGGUGCUGCCGGCCCUGUGUCCUUUGACUAAUGACCCGGAGAAACAAGUUCGCGAUGCAGCUUUUAGAACAAUCAAAGGUUUCCUCGGCAAGCUGGAGAAGGUAUCAGAAGACCCUAGCUUGAAGGAAGGAAUGGAGGCAGACGUACACACAGCGACUCCGUCACUCAGUAACGCAGCGGCCACGUGGGCCGGUUGGGCGGUAACCGCAGUGACCGCCAAAUUCUACCGCUCGCAUUCCGAUACUGCGAGAGUGUCGCAUCCCAAGUCUGUGCUCUCUAAACCUGGUUCUUUAGAACAACCGUCAUCAAGCAGUAUGUCGACGACUACGUCAUCAGUAACGUCGAUGACGUCACUGGAGCACAGCGAGUCGGCGUCAGACUACGAUCCCGAUCACUGGGACAUGGCGGCGUGGGGCGAGAUCGACUCUAGCGCAGGUACCGGCGCGAGCGCAAAGUCCCCGCCGAGCAGUGGCAGUGCGCAAGCGACGCCGGCGCUGGCCGCGCUGUGUGAGGACGAGUGGGACAACGAGGAGUGGGGCGAGCUGCAGGAACAACCCUGCGCAGAAGCCGAGCUAGCGAGUCCUUCAGAAACGUGGAACAACUCGCAAUGGACGGACCCGGUGCUGAACAACGCGAACGCGACGUACGUGCGCGGCGGCCGCCUCGAGCACCGCCCCGCCGCGCAUCAGAACAGCAACGACUCGCUCGGCGGCUGGGAGGAUACGGAGUUCGAGCCCAUCGAGGAGAAUGUGGAUGAAAACAACGCUUCCAAAAUGGACGAGAUGCGAAGAAAGCGAGAGGAGAGGAAGCUGCAGAGACAAAGAGAGAUGGAAGCCCGUCGUUCGGCCCGGGGUCAGGGGCCCAUGAAAUUGGGAACUAAGAUCACCACUGCGCCCCCACCCUUUUAGUGAAACUGCGCCUACGCAUACACGGUGAAUGAGACUUCAAAAAUAAUCUUUUGAAUUUGGGACUUUUUUCAAAAUACUUUUUUGGAUGUUGUCUAACUGUUAAUCGGAGAGAUCGCUAAAUUGGACUAAAAAUAUUUUGUUUAGUCAUUUUUGUGUGCUAAUCUUGGAUUAGGGAUGGCAACACAAAAUUAUAUCGAGGCUAACAAAAAUGCGUAUAAAUGUGUUUGCAUGAGUUAAUGAAAUUAUAAAAACUGGUUAUGUACUCGAACUUCCAGCAAAAUGUAUUUGAAGAGAUUAAAACAAUAGUAAUUAUUUGAUUAUCCGUUGCCUUCCCCACUCCAAACAUUCCCAGCAUACAUCUCGAUUGUUGGUUUAUUCGAUACUCUUCACAUUUUCGUUCGAAAACGAUGAUUUAACAAAUAUAUGCGCAAUUUUUGAAAUCGAUAAUUGGUUCUGACUAAAUCGAAUGCAGAUAUAUGACCAACUUGAAAUGUUCAGUUAAAAAUGUAUUUCUCUAGAUUAAGUUUUGCUUUACUUAUUUUCCUACAUUUAUCACUUAAAUUCCAUACAUUCGAAUUGUAUUUUUUACAUAUCUAUCAGAUUGCUGAAUUUGACUACAAUUAUUAUAUUAGGCUCUACAGAUUUCUGACACAGAACCAUUUUUUUAUUAUUGUACUAUAUCUAGCUAUAAACUAUGGAUGAGUUUGGUGACUGUUUUUAUAAUAAAUCAAAAGAACUGCUACGACGAGAUUUACAAAAAUAUUUAAUGCCUAUUAAAAACAUUAAAUAA